AAAAUUUCGCGUGCAAAGUUUUUUUUUAAAUCAUUUUUUGAUCUAACAUUUCAAAUUAUUUUCAUCAAAUAAUUUAGGAUUCUUUUCCACCCAAAUUUAAAUUUGCAGAAACUGAAACAGGAAGUAUUUGUAGAACACACCCACAAUGGACAAAAGAAUUAAAAUUGAAAAAGAAGCUGACGAAAGGGAAUAUGAGGAAAGGCAGAAUCGGGAGACGCAAAGUCAGUCUGAAGAAGAAAAUUUUCCUUGGGGGACAACGCAAGUGAAGCGCGAGAACACUCCAAAUGUCGAGGCUAGCCUCGAUGAUCUCUUUGAGGAAUUUUCUGUCUUCGGAGACCGUUGGAAUGAAGAGAAGAACAUUUCGCUGCGGAACGUUGACAAAUGGUUCGCCCAGGCUCAGCUGUUCGAUGGAAUUGUCACCAACGCUGAUACGGCCAUCGAGUUUUCCAAAAUUGCUCGCAAUAAAAAGAAACUUGAUCGUGAGGAAUUUCAAGAAUUCCUAAGCGUCUUAGCGGAUCAAAAGGGCAUGCCGGUGGAGGAAUUAGAAGCAAGACUACGUGCUGCUGGUCCUCCAGACGUCAGUGGCACCACGAAGCCCAUCCGAGGAAGUGUGGCAGCGGAGAGUAUGCGUCGCCUGACGGAUCCCUCACUGUAUACCGGAACCCACAAAGAGCGCUUCGAUGCCGAGGGUAAAGGGAAGGGACUGUCCGGUAGGUACGACACCGCAGAAGACGAUGGCUACGUUCAAGGAUUCAAACCUAAAAGAAGCCCAGAAGACAAACAAGAUCAAGAAUAAGAUGCGAAAAAUAAAUGCGUGAGACAAUUAUAAGAAUAAAUUUAAUAAUUUAUUUCCUUUC